CGGAGUUUGAGGCUAUUUGCGGUUUCUUAAAUUAGUUGUGCAUAACCUACAGUGCUGAUUUCACUAAAAACAAUAUUUUACAUAAACAACACGAGAAUAAAUAAACAAAAUGUUUAAAAAAUUCGAUGACAAAGAAAAUGUAUCUGGGGUAAACAAUGCCAAGUCAUCAGUUCAACGUGGAGUGAGGCAGUCCAUAAUUUCGCAGUUUCCAUUUAUCGAGAGCUAUCUUGAUCAGAUUUUGCCAAAGAAAGAUGCAAUGAAGAUCGUCAAAUGUCAUGAGCACAUAGAGAUCCUUGCAAAUCAGGCUGGAGAACCUGUUUUCUUCCGACAGAGAGAUGGCCCCUUCUACCCUUCAUUGAAACUUUUACACAAGUAUCCGUUUAUGAUGCCCCAUAUGCAAGUCGACAAGGGAGCUAUCCGGUUUGUGUUGAGUGGCGCCAACAUCAUGUGUCCUGGCCUCACCUCACCCGGGGCACGUAUGACACAAUUGGACGCCGAUAAGAUUGUUGCAAUUAUGGCGGAAGGGAAAGAGUGCGCUCUGGCUAUUGGCCUUACUAAAAUGUCGUCUGAUGAAAUAUUACAAAAGAAUAAAGGUAUAGGUGUGGACAAUAUACACUACCUAAAUGACGGACUUUGGAACAUGAAAGCAGUAAAAUAGCCUUUACAACAUGAUGAUCUUAGGUGCUCUGUUGCAGAUAUAACAAAUAAAAAAUAUUUGAAAUAUUGCGUUUUACAAAUGGUAUUUCAUUACAUGGGUACCACUCUUAUUACCUUUUUAGGUUAUAUUUACAGCUGGUUUUAAGGCGACUAUAAAUUAAUUGCUAGCUUUUCAUCUAUGCCAGCCCCUCUUUUUCCGCCGCCCGUAUAUAUUUUAUUGAUGAAAAUGUUGAAUUAGGGUUUGUAUUUGCGUAUCGGUGUGGUACUGUCCGGGAACGGUGUUUAUUCAUACUUACAGUGUCUUAUGUAUAACGUUCACAUGUAAAAUAGAAAAUUGAUACGAUCGUGUUCGUGGUUCGUCUAGAAACACAUGUUUAUGGUCCCUUAUGCAAUAAGAAAGAACAUGAACACAUAUUCAACUUUGAAACAGACGUUUAAGAAAAAGAAAAAAAAGAAA